GGCCUGCCGCUGCCGCGAGGACCCCGGCACGCCUGCGUUGGCGGACUCGCGGUCCGCGGCGCUGGCGGACUCGCGGUCCGCCUUCGGCCGCCUGGACCCCGACGCUCUCGACGGCGUGGCGGGGCUGGAGGCCGCGGUGCAGGCCCUCCGCGCCGACCGCGGCGCCCCCGCCGGCGAGCGGCGCCCCGCGGUGGGGCUCGCUCCGGCCGCGGGUGACGGCGCGCUCCCCACGGAGGCUGGGCUGCUGACGCACACCGGCUCCCUGGAGGCGCCGCUGAACCAGAGCCGCACGGCGCGCCCGUCCUCCGCGGCGAGCCUGGGGCCCUCCGAGGAGGGCGGUGGCCCGCCGCCCGCGGAGUCGCCGGCGUCGUGGGGCAACGUGCUGCGGAAGCAGUUCGGCGGCGGCGCGGGGGCCUCUGGCGCCGGCCGCGCGGCGGCGGAGGCCCUUGCGGCAACGGGCAGCAGCCAGCGCAGCUCCGCGGGCUCUGAGGCGGGCGGCGAACGCCCGCUUGCCGGACGGCCAGGGCUUGGCGGCAGCCGGGGCAGCUCGGCGGGCCGUUCCUGGGGCGGCGCCGAGCAAUUCGGCGGCCAGCCCGGGCUCGGCGACAGCCGGGGCAGCUCCGCGGGC